AUGGAUGAAGUUACCGAGAGAUUUCCGAUCUACAAGCUGCACAAAACUGCAGGGAAGACAUACCGGGAUAACCUUAAGUCUAUUACGAGAGGGGAGCCAAUCGAGGAUAUGUCGCAAUUCAAUGGUUUAUGCCCAGACGAACUACUUCAGUCAGCCAUCAAUGCCCAGCAAAUUUUUGCCAAGGAUCUGAUGCCACUUAAGAGGAGGCUUCUUUCACCGCAUCACUUGCAAGUGUGUAUCGACACCUUCAACCGCUACUUUGACGCUCAGUAUGAAGAGGGCCACAAUUUCUGUACAGAACAGACGCAACAGGAUGUUCUCAAAACGAGAGGCGUCACGGUUGGUUUCUUGAUAACUUUGGUUCUUUGUAUGCCAUCUUCUCAGGCUGAACUAUACAGCCCUGAGGAUCCCUGUCUGAUACAGCUGUCGCUAUUUGUUGCCUUUUUUAAUGACUUGAUUGGUCUGUACAAAGACAUUGAGUCUAUCGAGCAACAAAACGAUGGUUCUGCUUAUCUUAACUUGGUCCGAAUAAGUACCAGGGAGCACCGACUCAGUGAAGAAGACGCCAUACGCCGUUACUCGCAUAUACUCAAUUACUUCACUUAUCACUUUGAGUUCUGUAUCGGAGCUUACCCCCCUCUGCGUCAGAAUUUCUAUCAUGAAUGCUUGAAAUAG